AUGCCCACAUCCUUCUGCACCGGGUUCGCCUCCAAGAGGCCCACCGGCUCUGCGCACAUCUUUGGAGCGCGCGUGACCUCCGCGAGCCCCUCUCAGGCACGGCGUCCGCGCUCGCUGAGUGGAGGCUUUUUUUGCGGAACGAGCGGGAACCUGGGGCGGGGCAGGGGGGUGAGCGCAGCCGCCGCGGGGCUCACCUGCGCCUCCCGCCGCCUACCCCACCCAGCGCCGAGCGGCCGGCCGCCGCCGCCCCGCCCCGGCCCGGCUCAUUGGCUGACGCUCGGAGGGGAGGAGAAGGGGCGGCCACGGGGGUCUCAUUAG